AUGAUUCCGUUAGGCAGGCAGGUGAUGUAGCGAGCGAGCAAUGCACAGGCGCUCUCUCUUUCUCUCUCUGAGGCUGCUUACUAAUUCGAAAACAACACGCUGCUAGCAGCAGAAAGAGAUAAGCGAGGGGGCUGUGUGUUAGUGGAGUAGAACGGACGGACAGAACAGCACCGGACAUUGUCAUGGUUCUGUCUUUCUUGUCCUCUUUUUCUCUCCAGUCUCUGGAAUGACUGUAAUUGCUGUUGGUUGGUCAGUGUUGGGAUUUGCAGAGGAACGUGCCGUAGUGCAGAUCUGCCUUGCCUAGGACAAGGAGGGGCCAUCUCUCUGUUUCUAAGCCAUAUUACAGGAGGCACAGUUACUGCAGAUGUGCUACUGCUGAUGUAGCAGAUGGACGAAUUAUCACUACUGUCUUCCUGAGACCUGAAGUACUGGUGCCGGUGCUGGGACCCAGAAAUUCUUUGUCUUUUCUGGGGCUUCUUUCUCUGUCAUUGACUUGCGACUGGGGACACCCACCAUGGAGGCCCCGCUUGUGUGCCUGGAUGAGGAAUUCGAGGACCUCAGGCCCUGCCGGGUAGAGGACAUGCCCCUCAGCCGACCCCCUUACAGCACCGUCUCCCUGACCCCCAUCACCCGUGAGGACUUCUCUGAACUGGAGAACUUCUCUGAGAUGAUGAGUUUCAAGUCCAUGGAGGACCUGGUCAACGAGUUUGACGAGAAGCUGAAUGUCUGUUUCCAUAACUACAACACCAAGACGGAGGGCCUGGCCCCCGUGCGCAACCAGUCUCACACCGAGGAGGACGAGGAGCGGCUGCAGGAUGAAGAUGUGUGGGAUGCGCUGAUGGAUAACUACGUCCCUUCCUCUGUCUCCAGCUGGGACAACCCCAACUCAGAGGGAUUCAACGGCAACCUUUCCGAUCAGGAGAUUCAUGAAAAAGAGGAGGAGGAGAUGAACGAGAAAAACGACAAUGCCAACUGCCUGAGCGAGGAGCCUCUCCUCACUGCUGAUCAGGUAAUUGAGGAGAUAGUUGAGAUGAUGGAGAACUCUCCGGACCCUGGUGAGACAGAGGAGGAUGACGAGGAAGAGAGUGGACACUCCUCACCCAAGACCAACCCAUCCCUUCUGGAAGAGAUCAGAGAGCUGUCCCAGGCCGCCAAUAACAACAUGCCUUCUUAUGAAGGCUUGAGUGUGAUGCCCAGCUCGGCUCUGGUGGAGCUGCUGUGCCGGGUGGAGGCAGCCAUCAGAGAGUACUCGGAGGAGCUGGUCACCCAGCUGGCGCGUCGUGACGAGCUGGAGUUUGAGAAGGAGGUGAAGAACACGUUCAUCACGGCCCUCAUGGAGGUGCAAAACCGCCAGAAGGAACAGCGGGACACGGGCAAGCGCAGGCGCCGGGUCGACAAGGGCCUCAGUCUGCAGGGUAACGCGUUAACCACGACUGUGAUUGGUGGAACACCUACUAUGAUCAACGCCUGCACAGACUCCAAGCCCGCCUCCAUGCCUACGAAGCGUUUCAGUAUGGAGGGUCUCUCCAACAUCCUGCAGACAGGCAUCAGACAGACAUUUGGCAGCACAGGGAUGGACAAACUGUAUCUAAACACGGUAAUUCCAUAUGAGAAGAAAGCAACUCCUCCAACUGUGGACGACCUUCAGAUGAUCACUAAUAUUCUUUAUGCCAUGAAGGAGGACAGUGAGAAGGUGCCUACACUGCUAACUGACUACAUAUUAAAAGUGCUAUGUCCUACUUAAAGAAUUCAAGCCAUGGGCUGCUGUCUGACGGAGACAUCGGAGGAGACUCUCCAAUCUGGCAACCCUCCACCCGUCCAAGCUGCAUGAGCUCCCCCCGCUUUCAUUGUCAGCCAUGGACCGUUACCAUCUAAAACACUGUACCUUACUCAUCUAAUAAAACUACUCCUUUUUGCUGAGCUCACCUUGUCCUUCCUGCACACUAAGAUCCAUCCGGAGCCAAAAUGGCUGUCUCCUGAAUACUACUGUAUGGGGCCACUGUACCCCCACUGACAAACUGAUCUCUAUUCAGAGCAUGACAAGCAAAUACUGUCCAGUGACCACACAGUUAUACAGGGAUGAGUUUGUUUUGUUGAACAAUUUGUACAGAGAUUAUUUGAUGUUGUUAUGAGAUAUUCACACGGCUAAGUUUUACUUCACUACACCUCAGGCCCAAAGGGGUUUGGUUCUGAUGCCAUUUUGUCUGUAGGCCCAAAUGUCACAUUGUAAAGAUUAUAGAGGAGUUCUGGGUUCAAGUCCAGGCUCUGUCGCAGCCGGCUGCGACCGGGAGAACCAUGGGGCAGCGCACAAUUGGCCCAGCGUCGCCCAGGUUAGGGGAGGGUUUGGCCGGCAGGGAUGUCCUUGUCCCAUCACGCACUAGUGACUCCUGUGGCGGGCCGGGCGCAGUACACACUGACAUGGCCGCCAGGUGUACGGUGUUUCCUCCGACACAUUGGUGCGGCUGGCUUCCCGAGUUAGCAGGGUCGUGUUUUGGAGGACGCACGGAUCUCGACCUUCGCCUCUCCCGAGUCCGUACGGGAGUUGCAGCGAUGAGACAAGACUGUAACUACCAAUUGGAUACCACGAAAUUGGGGAGAAAAAGGGGUAAAGUUUAAAAAAUGUUUUUUUAAAGAUUAUUGAGGAGUGAUGGGUUUCACUUACAUGAAGGAAAGUUGGACUGAACAGUUCUCAUUAUUCGACAAACUUAACUCAUUUGAAUAAAAAAGCCAUUUAGCUUUUCUGCCAUGGUAGCACUGUAGCUUAUUACAGGUGCUGUAUAUUUGAAUGUUUUUGUUAUUUCAGCCAAUGAUGUUUGAAUAUCCAGUGCUCUUUUCACUUUUGAUAAUUUAUUUUUACUGUGAUCUUAUAUUUGAUAUAGGUCAUCAUGAUACUGUUUUGUUCAUUUUUUACUUGUAUUUAAUAAAUAGAGUGUGUCACCCCCAUUCUGCCACAUGGAGUUAUAUCAUGGAGUUUGUCAAUGAUGAGAUGGGCUCAUUUUAUGAAUUCCUUUGAGCCAUGUAGGAGAAUACUACAUUGCUAAUCACAAGUUCAAAUAAACAUGCUACCCUAAAA